GAGCUGUCUGCACAGGUGAUGGGAUGGUGAGUGAGAAUGAGGAGAAACCCCAGCAGGAAGAUGCUGAGCAAGUAGAACCACAUGGGAUGUUAUCCGGAAGAUCUAAAGUGAAUGAUUCUGGGAAUUGUGCACUCCCAGAAAAAGCAAAAGCCUGUGAGCCUCAGCACAGGCCAGAGGAAAACUUCAGUAGCCACUCAGACCUUAUUACACGCAAGAGCAUUAACUUGUUAGAGACACGCUACACGUGCCAUGAGUGCGGGAAAAUCUUCAAUCAGAGCUCUGCUCUUACCACACAUCAGAGAAUCCACACUGGAGAGACAUCCUACCCAUGCCAUGAGUGUGGGAAAAGCUUCUAUCGGAGCUCACACCUUAUCAGACAUAGGAGAAUCCACACUGGUGAGAAACCUUAUGGAUGCUCUGAGUGUGGGAAACAAUUCAAUCAGAUCUCAAACCUUAUUAGACAUCAGAAAAUUCACACAGGAGAGAAACCCUACAUGUGCUUUGAGUGUGGGAAAAGCUUCAAUCGGAGCUCAGCACUUACCACACAUCAGAGAAUCCACACAG